CCAACACAAAACCAAACAAGAACCAACACCAUCACCAACCAGAAGAAAUGUCAACCUCAGAAGAACCCAACAACAACCAUCACACCCCAUCACUCUCACUCUCACUCUCACUCUCAACCAACCAGCAACAACAACAACAACAAAACACCCACAACCUCAUCCAGACUGACCCAACACUGCCCAUCACACCAGAAGCACUACUGAGACAUGUCAGACAGAUGAGAAUCGCAGCCAUCAACAGAAGGAGAUCACCCAGCACACCAGUAGAUCAAGCCUCACUAAGCGUACACAGUCGAGCAGGAAGCAAUGCCAGCUCAAACUACGAUGAAGUCAUCGGAUCCAACCUCUGUCUCAGCUCAUCCACCAUGUCCACCUGCUCAAACGACGGCCAUUCCAACACCAACAACCAAUCACUCACACUCACCAUCCCAGACUCAUCAAGAAUCGAGAAUAACAGAGCGAUGGCCGAAACAUUGGACCUCUCCCACAGACGCAUUGCUGAUCUAACUCAGCCUGUCGUUGAGGAACUCGCUGAAUACGUCGAACGGCUCGCACUCGGCUAUAACUAUCUACCCGUCCUACCUGAUCAUUUCGCCAUCCUCGGUGACUCUCUACGAUAUCUCAACCUACGUGGUAAUCACAUGGAGAUCUUUCCUGAAGUGCUCACUCGAAUGCCAUCCUUGGAAAUACUAGACGUCAGUCGGAAUAAGAUCAAGGCAUUUCCUCGAAGACCUGGUAGCUUGGAUCGUCUCAGGGUUCUCUCAGUCUCUCGUAAUCGAAUCAAGCGUCUGCCCAACUAUGUGGCUAAUCUGACAACGCUCAGGGUACUCAAGAUUGACCAUAAUCCAGUGAUCUGGCCACCAAAAGAGUUGGUAACUUUUGUCGAUGCCUGUGAACGAGCGGAUGAGGAUGAGGUGGAUCCAACCCAUCGGGCUCGAGACGAUGGAUCAUCUCACAUCAGAACAAGGACUCCAUCCAGUGAGACUAGCACCUCAAUGGCACAAUGGCUACGUACCCUACAAGAAUGGAUGCGCAAGAAUCCUUACGUUCGACCAGUCAAACAAAUCAGACCUUCGACUGGAGAAAUCGUUGGAGACCCUUCUGAGUUUGGUGCACUCCGAUCUGCUGUAGACUUUGAGCGAAGUUUUCAUAACUUUAAAGGUACUCAAUCUCCCGACAUCUCUCCUGUGAUGACCCUGAGCAGUGGUGGACCAGGGACAUCACCGGUGACGACAUCAGUGCCAAUAUCUCGGACUACCACCGAAGCCUAUGAUCACAUGGUUCAACACAACCGGAAUGCAUCUUCAAGUUCGAGCUCACAAUGGGUUCGCAAGCGGCCGGAGCUACGGCUCAAGAAGUCAUUACCCGACCUGCGUCGGAAUCAUGCCGAAAUCAUGGUCGAACGGAGUGCGGAUGUUGAGAGGGCCUAUUUCGGACUCAACCGUUCCACCCCAAUCUUACCCCCGAGCUCGAGCUCCUCAGUGACCUUCUCACUCAACUCCCCCAAUCUUGCUGACCGUGGCCCACGUUCGGCGAUGGCCCUCUCCAGCGGAACCUCGACCCCCGGUCUGGCCACCAACAAUCCCCCACCUUCGACCUCGCAAGUCAGCUUCAAUCAAUCUGACCUGGUCCGUCCAGGUGCCUCUCAGAUCCGACGGAUCAAGAUCGGCACAUCGGCCGAGGACGACUCCCUGGCUGGUGAUCGGAAUAGUGGGGCAUACUUCAGACGACUAUCGAUGCUCCCGGCUUCGACGAUCUCCAAACAAGUCCCAACCCCACUCUUACAACUCAUGGAUGGGAUCCGGGGGAUACUAUUCAGUCUCUCCCAGAUCUAUGCGGCUUUGAAACAGUUUGUGAUGUUUGCGACUCAGGAUCGAUUGCCAGGAGCAUUAUCACGAAUGACGAGUGCGGCGGACGAUUCGAUGGGUAAGCUGAUUAACUCGCUCGAUCGGUUUGAUUCCUCAACUAGACGGGCUCAACCCGAACUGGAAGUGGUUCAACAAGUCUUUAAAUCUUGUCGUGACAACGUCAUCGUCUUUGGGAAACUCGUCAACGUGCUUAGCAUUCAACUUAAAGUCCUCACUGCCUCCGCCGAUGUCAGAUACUCUAGGACGCUCCUCUUGAGCUUGUAUGGCGCCACGGCUGAAAUCGCUAUGUCUUGGCAGAUGAUCACUCCCCUGGUCGAUGACGUGAUCAGCCUACCCAGUCUGAGAAAAUCAAAACCUACUUCGCCCCCUCCCCCUGCGGCUCCUCUACACGAAUCUAAGGAAGAGAGUUCCUCAUCAAACGAUUUCCAGAAGACGUCAACCAACAUCUCAGCAUCCGAGCUUCGUCGAACAGUAUCUCGAGAGAACUUAAUGACAGACCAAUCUAGCCUUCCCGAGUCAUCCAAAACGAUCACCUCAACUUCCUCCAACAGUCUCAUCUCCGCUGCCAACCCUUCCACUCAAACCAAUAAAGGAAGACGACAAGGGGGUUCAUAUGUAGCGGAGGAUGUGCAGAUUGGCGGGUACAUUUCGCCAGCGACUCCGGCCGGUCUAACAGCCUUACCGUUACCUUCCUAUGGCUCGGUAUCCCCCUCCCCAUCGCCGUCCAGCGAAGGCUUCGGAUCGGCAAGCAAGACGGAGGGCAGUCAAGUCAUGUUGAAUGAGGACUCCCGCCCAUCGCCCAGUUCUAGACAUCCAUUCCCUCGCCAAACUCUAGACCCACUCUCUAUCGGCCCAUCCGCCCUCGAUUCAUCAUCCAAAUCCUCCCUCCUCGACACUUAUCCAUCGCUGAUCUCCCCCGGUACUAUCUCUCUUCCUCGCAGUCCCGCUCUCACCUCAAUCGCCAGUCUCUCUAGUACUAAUACUACUACUAACACUGUCCAUUACUCUGUUGAGCCUUCCUCGAUCCUCAAUGAAAACGAGCAUGUUGCCUCUUCCCGUCCUACUUUGCCUCUCUUUUCUAAUUCUAAUAAAACUAUCAUCGAUAUCCCUGAAAGAACUACCUCUAAAUUCCAUCCUCAUUCCCAUUCCCAUCCUCCUUCUUCUCACCAUUCACAUCAUUCUCGAUUCGACAACUCAUUGUCUAGAACCGAUCAAGAUUUUCUCGAUAUGACUGACGCUACUAUCGACAUUGCUCUUUCAGUCACCUCUUUGAUGCUCGAAAAUCUACGUCAACCCGGUCUUGAUCAUCAUCAUCAUCAUUCUAUCCCUAAUAAUACUCAUCGGCCUCAGAACUCGUUUGAUGAACCUAAUGGCGGAGCGAAGAACGAAGUGACCUCUUCUUCUUCGGGCACUCCAAUCACCGCAUCAUCAUCCUCAACAACAACAGGUACAGGGACGGUGACAGGGAGAAGAGAGAGAAAGGGAACGGUAGGAUUAUCUAAACCGGCUGAACUCAAAGAGCUUUGUGAACAAGAGAUCGAAGUGAUUAGGAGGUUGAGAACUAGCCUGGCUGGCUUCUGGGCUCAUCGAAAUUCUCUCAGUCAUUCUUCUUGUUCUUGUUCUCAUCAUCCCCAUCAACAACAACAACAACAACAACAACACCAACAAUCCUCACAUUCACAUUCGAAUUCCCAAUCGAUCAAAGAAUCGUCCUCUUCAUCCUCCUCUUCCUCUUCAACCUCACUGACUUCCCUUGCAUCCUCUUCGAACCAAUCCAACCAUUCAAAUGGAUCAUAUGGAUCUGCCUUUUCGACAUCCACAACCACGCCUGAUCUACAUCUUUCUAAUAACUCUAACCACUCCAACUCAUCACCUUUCAUAUCUUCUUCUUCUUCUUCUUCCUCCUCUUCCUCUCUCUUUUUAAAUCCUUCAUCUUCUUCUGCUUCUUCUUGUCAUUUCCAUUAUCCAUUGGACUUUAAUUCCUCUUGUUCGGCAAUCGGGUCAGUCGAAUCUAGAAAGGUUUUCGAAGAUGCUACUGCUUUCGUUAGAGCGGUGAUUCAAACAGCUAAUUUAGCUAGAUUAACGAUGAUUGAAUAUCCUCUCUCGAAAUCCAUUAGAGAAGGACUUGGUGAAUUAACCAAAGCAACUAAAGAAUUGGCCACGUUACUCGCCGUCAGUUCAUUUAAGCCUGGUGGAAAUGGAUCAAACAUAGGAACGGGAACAGGAACGAGUGUCGGUCCAGGGACGGGGAACAUAGGCUCAUCAUCGACGACCGGUUCUCUAUCUCACCCGGCCGGAGCUUCGACGUCCACUGCGAUGCCAUCGACAUAUGGCUCCAACAAUCCUGGGCUACCUGUUCCCUCCACUCCCACCACUGCCGUCGGCUUUAACAGCCAUCAACCGACUUCUGCUCCUCCCAACUUCAACCCCGCGCUUGCUGUUAAUCCCAACUCUAUAUCUAAUCUGGGCGCUCCAAGCCUUGGUGCUAGUCAUGCCAGCUCCAACGCCAUCGGCAAUGCAAACACUAAUCCUAGUCAUCUCCCUCUCGUUUCUUCCCCUGAAGGAUAUCAAUACCAUUAAACUCAGACUCUACCUCUCCUUUUAUCAAUUUAUUUUCUUGAAAUUUUUCCGGUUUUUUUUUGUUUGCUCGCAUUCUUUUUUUAGAAAAAAGAAACUUGUUUAUUACUUGUAUUUGUAUAUAAAAUCCAUCCUAUCAAAUCUCAUUUCAAGUCUUUA